AUCUUCCAGAUUCUCUGAAGAACUUUAGGGGCCUGGACAUGUGCUGGUUUAAGCAGCAGAACAUUUGGAGCUCCACGGGAUGUGAAUCUAAGACAACACAGUUCAAAUAUGUCUGGCGAGCAUCACUUUAACAUUCACCCUACUAAGCAAUUUCCAUGGAAUGUUCAUAACCACGCGAUUUUUUUAGGGUGCCACAAAAAAAAAUCAUGUUUUGUGGCUCCACAAGGGGUCGUUGUGGUCGCAGGGAUCUCCUCUCCUGUCGCUCCUCAAACAUCCAUCAUGCGUCACAAAGGUAGGACAUUUACAGGAAGCAUACUUCACAUUCUUUGUCUGACGGUAGGCCUUAAAGCCAAACCGACUUACCAGUCGAGAUAAAAGAGGCUGUGUCUCAGGUAGCUGCUCAAAACUUUAGACCAACAAUGAAAAUGUGAGUUUCUUAAGGUGUUUGAUUUAAGGACAAACUUAGAAAAAAUGUUCAAUGAAAGAGCAGAAGAAAAAAUCUGAUUUCACUUCUUUUUUUUUUCAUUUUUAUAAACACUUAGAUGUGAGCGCGAACUCUUCCACUCUUGGCGUGGUCAGAUAUCUCCUGUUUUUAGCACAUCCAUCAUUCCACGAGGACACGAGUCAGCAUCUUAACAUGAUGUGAUCAAUCACUAUCGAUCCAUGAAUUCGUUUGCAUAUUUUCAUUUCCACUCUUGUGUUACCCAGCCGUUGUUUUCUUCGUCCUUCUGUUCCAUCUGACGCGAGUUUUCCCCCCAAAUUUGUUUUUGUCCAUUUUCUGCUGUUAAAUGUCUCCACCGAGUGAGGAUUUGUUGCUGAUUCACAAAAAAAAAAAAACACGCACACAUUGUUUUCUUAGUUGUUUGUUACAUUCAAUGAAACUAUUUGUAUCUUUUCUUGUAAACCUUGCGGUCAAAAUAACCGUUGUUGGUGCUUCCUUGCAGUUUUACGCACACAUAUUUGGAACGCUGCCCUCCAAAAGCUGCGCAGAAAGUACAGCAGGUUUAACUUGUUUAUGCAAAAAACGUUCCGAACAAUAGAAGGCAAUAAAAUUAAAACUACUGCUGCAACAUAAAUGACAUCAACGUGGAAAACUUCAUUUAUUUGAUGAGAACCUUGAAAUGUGCGUUUUGUCGUGAUUGGCCCCUCCAUCACACAAUGCAUGCAUCCUUGGGGACUGUAAUCGUGAAUCACGUGAACAUGACCGAGAGUGUGGGGGGUUUGUUGGAUAAGAAAUUGUCAUUUAUAUUGACCAGCGGUGCUUGAUCAUUGCAGGAGAGCUUGGAGCGCGUUUGGAGGCGGACAUCUGGGGCUUGGAAGCCGCGCGCACUGCGACUAAGGGGCCCCGCAAACAUGGCAGAAGGAGUGUGCAAGACAGAAGAGGAAGAAGGACCGAGCACAGAGGAGGAUUCGCAGUCCUUCCAUGGAGUCGGCGUGUGUAAAUGGUUCAAUGUCCGCAUGGGCUUCGGGUUCCUGUCCAUGACCAAGCGGGAGGGAGUGCCGCUGGACGAGCCGGUGGAUGUCUUUGUCCACCAGAGCAAGUUGCACAUGGAAGGUUUCCGCAGCCUGAAGGAGGGGGAAGCAGUGGAGUUUACCUACAAGAAGUCGUCUAAAGGCCUGGAGUCCCAGCGAGUCACCGGACCAGGAGGCAUCUACUGUGUGGGCAGCGAGCGGAGACCCAAAGGCAAGAAGGUCCAGAAACGACGCUCCAGGUGAGGUUUGGGGACGUGGGGAAACAGGAUGUCCAAUUUCACCUGUUUAAACUUUAA